UGUUUUCUCACUGUUGGUGGAAAGGGAAAGGGCUUACAUUUCCAUCGGCUCCAGAGUUGAAAACCUUGAAAAAGAGAAUACAGCUACAAAUACUAAUAAAUAUGUCUUUAUAAAAAAUAAACCACGGAAGGAAAAGGACGUUCAAGAGAAGAGAGAAGGAGGGGAGAGGGAAAAAAAAAAAAAAAAAAAAAAAAAAGUCAGCGGUCAUCUUCCUCAUUUGAGACAGUCAAAAUUCUCAUUCGUAUCAUCAGAAAAGUCUAGAGGGACCACCCAAACUACUACUGUGAGAACGAUUUUCAAACUUCAAUGAAGGAGAUUUUUGCAGCAACAUUGACUAAUGUACUAGCUGUCUCUUCUCAGCACAAAGGCAAUCAAUAUGUUAUAUGUGUGUGCCUGCACACACACAUACAUACAUAUAUGUAUAUAUUUAUGCGGUGGUGUUUCUGAGAAGGGAGGCUUUCCAAUAUGGGAAAUUGCUGGAGAGGACCCGCCAAGUGUGCUCAUGCUUCUUCUAGCCAAUUUUUUGAUUCUACAACACCCCCUAGCAAGGCCAAACAGGAUUCAACUCCUCCUGAUCGUCAAACACUGUCAGGAAGUUUGUACAAAGCUCUCAUAGCAUCUAAAAGUGAUGCAUCUAUUUCCCAGAACCUCAAGUCCUUUACCUUCACUGAUCUCAAGAAUGCCUCCAAGAACUUCCGCUCAGAAAGCCUACUUGGCGAGGGAGGGUUUGGGUGUGUCUUUAAAGGAUGGAUUGACGGGAACACAUUUGCUCCCAGCAAACCAGGAACUGGGAUUGUUGUUGCCAUUAAAAAACUCAAUGCAGAAAGCUUUCAAGGUCACAGAGAAUGGAUUACAGAAGUCAACUACUUAGGUCAGCUGCGCCAUGAAAAUCUUGUGAAGCUUAUUGGGUAUUGCUCAGAAUCUGAGCACAGACUUCUAGUUUAUGAGUUCAUGUCAAAGGGAAGUUUGGAAAAUCAUUUAUUUAGAAAAGGUGUUGAGCCUUUAUCUUGGGCUACACGGAUGCGUAUUGCAAUUGAUGUUGCACGAGGAUUGUCCUUCUUACACGGUUUAGAUGCCAAUGUAAUCUAUCGUGAUUUAAAGGCUUCUAACAUUUUACUUGAUUCGGAUUUCAGUGCAAAGCUUUCCGAUUUUGGCUUAGCAAGGGAUGGUCCUACUGGUGAUAACACUCAUGUUUCGACCAGAGUUGUGGGGACCCGGGGAUAUGCUGCACCAGAAUAUGUAGCAACAGGUCACUUGUCUCCAAAGAGUGAUGUGUACAGUUUUGGAGUUGUCUUGUUAGAGUUGUUAUCCGGAAAACGAGCAAUGGGUGACGACAGAGCCGGAGCUACUGAUGAAACCUUGGUGGAUUGGGCAAAGCCAUUUCUAGGUGACAGUAGGCGAGUUUUGAGAAUCAUGGACACGCGGUUGGGGGGUCAAUACUCGAAGAAGGCAGCCCAAGUUGCCGCGGCCCUUGCAGUGCAGUGCCUCCAUACAGAUCCCAAAAAUAGACCAUCCAUGAUAGAUGUCCUAGCCACAUUGGAAGAACGAAACACAUCAAGGGAUGUUUUAAGGACCACAUCGCGGGACAAAGCAGUUUAGCUAUCCUCGCAACAAAACCACAGCAAGCACAGACUCGAGGUAAACCAUAUUUUCCUUGCAUACGAACGCAGUUUCUCCCUCUCAUGGAACCUGAAUUGAAGCGCGUGUCUACAAUUAGUUCCUGUGUAUCAAAAAAAACUUGUAGGAGACACAUUAUGCUAUAUUUUUGAUGUGGCUGUUGAAAAGUGUAUCCUUUUUUUUUUUUUUUUUUUUCCUUUUUUCUUUUCUUUUCUUUUCGUUUUUUUUAUUUUAUUUUUUGGUAAAAUUAUUUUAUCAUGUAUGUAUGACGAGACGUUUCCUCCA